UUACUGCGAUUCAAUGUCCACAAGCGGAAGACUGUAGGAGAUGUAGGGUGGUGCUUACGUCGGCCGAUUCGGUCUCGAUGUUCGGGUUAUCACUAGUAAGGUACAAAGUAGAUGCGAUACUAGAGGUUCCAACGGAAUUUAAUAUAUAUGUGUUAGGCAAUUAAUACGUUUGAACGAGUGAGAACAAAUGACCAAGUCUAGAAACCUGUUCGUCAAAAAAAAAUAUUAAUUACAAUAAUUUGGAAGGACUACUAUUUUUGGAGAAAAUCUAAAUGGAGUUGCGCACGUGAAUUGAAAAAACGGAAGGUCUGGUGUGAACGACCCUACAAAUAUUUUUUUUUUGUAAUUUAUAAACUAAUGGACUUUUGUGAGCACAUGCAGACCCCUAGUAAUACUGACCAAUAAAGUAUUCGAGUGUUGAAAGAAGGAGUGUUGCAUCAAAUAUAGCAUCGCAUGUGACGGAACUUCCCUUCUAAUAUCAUUUUAAAUUCAAUAUUAAGUUAUCACUUCCAUCAAAUUUAGCCGGAUCGACAUUAGUAAGAUGAAAUCGGUUAUGAAUUUUUAGUAGAUUUUUGUACUGGUAGAUUGAAUCUGUUAAGCUUUUCGUCCAAAAAAUAUUCUCGUUUGACUGCUUACAACAUAAUGCUUAUCGGCCGUUUUAGGGCUCGAAAGAUCCUCUGGAUUCUGGCGAAGUUAUAGACGGACUUUAUUGCUUAAGACAAGUUCAAUAAGUUUAGUACUGUAAAAAAUGUAUUCGACGUUCGUUCCAAGCGUCCAUGGACUCCUGUUCACUUGCAACGAACCGCACCCUAAAGAAGGUGCAUAGCCCUGUUAUAGCUCCGGGCUGAGCUAGCACUACAAUAAAUUUAUGUGCACCCGAUCAUUUGGCGUCAGUUUGGCAAAAGGAGAUCAUAUUGUAGUGCCCAACGAAACGGAAGUCGGCCCAGAAAAAAAAUCGACGACUUAGAUCUUGAACGAAGUGAAAGUGCCAUGAGAAUGAUAAAUGUAAAUACUUGAAGCGAACAUUUCCUGGAAUUCGGUAAGCAAUAAACAAAUGCAACAGGCAAGAUGGUCAAAGGCGCAUGCCUCCAACUAGGAGAACUUCAAGACUACCCAGAAUACAUGCAGAUUUGCUGCGAUACGUUAAAUGCUGAAUGGAAACGCAGUGACACUGCCCGAAUUUACAGCCUCCAGAAAUCCAGUUCGUCGCUACCCGUUUCCCUUGUAAUGUUCGAUUCGUUGUCGCGUGAAUUUCUUGGCCACGCUCGACUUUGUCGAAUUCUCGAACGGCAGGACGCGUGUUUUAUCGAGAGUGUGAUCAUUGUAGCUGAUCGUCGAGGUGAAGGGUUGGGUCGAGAGUUGAUGCUCCUCGUUGAGGCGUAUGCGCGGGAUCGAGGCUUUCAAACAGCUUAUUUAACGUCCAUGAACAAGCAAGCAUUCUAUACUCGGCUAGGAUACACGUUCUGUGAGGCAGUAACAGCGUCAAGCGGAUGCCAUGUCAGCCUCGGGGGUGUUGUCCGGCCGCGGGUGAUUCCCGCCCCUUCAACAGUGGUGCCGCCAAAGAAUUCUCGGCAGCUUGAUUCAGGAAAUUCUCCACCUCCACCUCCACUACCACCAGUUGUGCAACAGACUAAACGGCUUGACCGAGACUGGAUGAUGAAGACGAUAAUGACAUGAUCCGAGAUUUUAGAUGUAAAUGGUUGCAUUUAUAUAUUUCAAGGCAAAGAGGGACAGUGAUAUAUUUACGGUUGUCUGUACACCUCUACUUCUGACUAUAUCCGCGUAUAUCAGAGUUACUACUAUCAUUUGUAAUAACGCAAUAAUUUGUAAAACUGUCAUUUAUAAUUGUCAAUGAUAAAGCUGUGUGUGCAGCAGUUGUUGUUGGGAAAAAUCUAUACAGACAAACGAGCUGAGGAUGAUCUGUCUUGAAACGAGGAAUCAGCCUAGUUUAGUAACGUGAAGAUGGACAAAACAGGAUAUAAUCACUAAUGCCCUGAAAGGACUUAUUGGACAACGAGACAGAACCGAUGAAGCUUUAGUUGAUUCAGAUGGCAGAUGAUACAAUCGACGCGAUAUCUUGGGGCACUGUGUUCUAGGAUGCCAAUGUGUAAAUAUAUUAGUCACCUGUUGACGAUUCCGUGAUCAAAUGUAGAGCAAAAAUACUUAGCAGUGCUAUUGUGUUACCUUAUUCUAUUAGUUGGGCUAUUUGUGUUCAUUAAUUUCGUUUCCGGCAAUUUGUUAUUUGCGUCUGCUUGUUUUAUUUCGUCUAUUUAUCAAACAUAUAUCUUGAAAAUAAUAACUGUUUGUCUGUGUGCAAACCUAUCAUCUUUCGUCUAAUAUCACCUAUUUAACUGUAGUCUCGAAAAAAAAACCCGCAAGUCUUAGGAAACAUAUGCCCGUCGGCAGGUCUGUGUAACUAUAUACGACCCACGUGUUUGGGUCAAGUAACAAAUAGGUAACUAGUUGAUUUGAAGAAUUGUAGGUUUUCGAAACUGUUUUUGCUCAACUAUGAUUGACCUGUGAAGUCUUUUACGACAAUACGCAGGGUUGGUGCCAAAGAUUUCACUAAAAAAGCUAUGAUCUUAAUUACUAUUGAAUUUACUGGCUAUUGAUAACGGUCUCCAAACUGUUAUAUAAUAUAAUAAAUAUGAAACCUACGGUUGACGUAUCGAAGACCUCAACAAAAAUAUGUCCAAACAAAACGCGGCGCGUUUAUUUCAAAAGACUUUAUUGCAGACAACGCUAAACAAUUGGUAUUGGCGCAUG